AUGAAACGACAAAACGUUCGUACAUUAUCCCUUGUAGUUUGCACGUUCACGUAUUUACUUAUUGGGGCCGCGGUUUUUGACGCUUUAGAGUCCGAUACAGAAAGUAAAAGAUGGGAAGUUUUAUCUGAUAUGAAGAACGGCUUAGUUCGUAAAUACAACAUAACUCCCGAGGAUUAUCACAUGAUCGAGAUUGUUAUAAUAGAAAAUAAACCUCACAAAGCCGGGCCACAGUGGAAGUUUGCUGGAGCAUUCUAUUUUGCUACAGUCGUAUUAGCUAUGAUUGGUUAUGGACACUCAACACCUGUUACUGUUGGUGGAAAGGCCUUCUGUAUGGCGUAUGCUAUGGUCGGCAUUCCCCUUGGUCUUGUUAUGUUCCAAAGUAUUGGAGAGCGUUUGAAUAAGUUUGCAUCAGUGGUAAUACGGAGAGCUAAAUGCUACCUACGAUGUAAUACCACAGAGGCGACUGAGAUGAACCUUAUGUUUGCUACUGGAAUGUUAUCAUCUAUUAUAAUAACAACUGGCGCAGCAGUAUUCUCGCGGUAUGAAGGAUGGAGUUAUUUCGAUAGUUUCUAUUACUGUUUCGUAACACUAACUACAAUCGGUUUCGGAGAUUAUGUUGCUUUGCAGAAUGAUCAAGCCUUAACCAGCAAGCCAGGUUAUGUAGCGUUGAGUCUGGUCUUCAUACUCUUUGGCCUGGCUGUGGUCGCUGCUAGCAUUAACUUACUGGUCCUGCGUUUCAUGACUAUGCAAGCAGAAGAAGCCCGCGAGGAGGACAAAGACGGUUCCAAGACCGUUAUACCAAUUGAUGGGCAUAUCAUAGCCAGUCGACAAAGGUCGCAUGAGGACCAAGCUUCGGUAUGUUCAUGCAACUGCCUGGGGAAUAAGACGUACGAGAGUGGCGCGCUCCUUCCACCGACGGUGCCUCAUCACGAACUCCUGGAUCAUUCACUUUGCACCGAGCUGAUUGAACGGGCUUCGGUUUAA